UUUGUUUAACCUUAAAUGGUUUGUAGUUUAUAAUUCCCCAAAUAAUUAUUUUGCUAAAUUAGCAAAUUUUUGUGUAAUAUUUAUAGAAAAUGUCCUAAUUUGUUUAAUAUAAAUGUGAAUAUUUUAAAUAGUUUAUUUAAUACUCAAGAUUUUAUCCAAAUAAGAAAUAAAAAUGACUGCCUUGGCCACCAUCAAUUGGUUGUUUAUUUGUGGUUUGAGCUUUUGUUUAGGCGGUGUUGUGGUGCUAAGUUUAAUGCCAUUGAGCUCAGAUUGCAUUUGUCCCAUUAGCAGAGGGAAGCCAAAAGUCGAAAAUGCUGAUAUACAAAGUCGUACCUCCGAUGAAUUACAAGUUGUGCACAAAUUAGCCAUAUUGGUACCAUUUCGUGAUCGUUUUGAAGAGUUGUUACAAUUUGUGCCUCAUAUGACCAGUUUCCUUAAGAAACAGGGUUUAAAUCAUCAUAUAUUUAUUUUAAAUCAAGUUGAUCGCUACCGCUUUAAUCGUGCCUCUUUAAUAAAUGUGGGUUUUCGUUUUACCAGCGGUGUAUACGAUUAUAUAGCCAUGCAUGAUGUUGAUUUAUUGCCUUUAAAUGAUGACUUGCAUUAUGAUUAUCCCAGUGAGGUGGGUCCGCUGCAUAUUGCAGCACCAGAUUUACAUCCCAAAUAUCAUUAUGAAAAUUUUGUGGGUGGUAUUUUGCUAGUGAGGAGGGAGCAUUUUGAAGCUGUAAAUGGUAUGUCAAAUAAGUACUGGGGUUGGGGUCUGGAAGAUGAUGAAUUUUAUGUACGUAUAAGAGAUGCCGGCCUGCGUGUAACAAGACCCCAAAAUAUUAAGACUGGUGUUAAUAACACUUUUAACCAUAUACAUAAUCGAUAUCAUCGCAAAAGGGACACACAAAAAUGUUUCAAUCAAAAGGAGGUGACACGUAAACGUGAUCGCCAGACGGGCCUUAACACUCUACAGUAUAAAAUUCCCAAAGUCUAUGACCUGACAAUUGAGGGUAUACGCGUAACCGUGUUAAACAUAAUGCUGGAAUGUGACUUAAAUGAUACACCCUGGUGUGAUUGUACUGGCGCUGCGGCAGCCGCACAAGCAGAAGAUUUAAAAUCUGCUUAAUUGUAAAAACAAAAUGCCAUAAAUACAAGACAAGUACUACAAAGUCUUUUUUGU